GUAGACCAGGAAUACAUUCAUGUUCCCUGAGCUCCAGGAAAAAACAACCCAAGCCCCUACAUUUCUAAAAAGGGUUUACAAAAAAAAAAAAAAAACGAUUUUACACAAGAGGAGUCCUCACAGACCAAUAAUAAGAAAAGAAAAAAUAAUACAAAAACUAUACGAUAUAGCCUAAUCUUACUGUUAUGAGUCGAGAAUGAGUACCACAGAAGACAGCGGAAGCAAGUGCUCGUCGGCCCCGAUUUCCACCUUCACUAUUCAGUCGAUAUUGGGCAAGUCGUCGGAGAAGCCACGAUCGGGGGCGAAGGAGAGUUCCAAGGGACUGCAGCUGGCGAGGACGCGCUCGCUGUCGGUGUCUUCCGAAGAGGAGUGCAGCGGUGGGGAGGACUCUGCAGACUGUUUCUGCUCGGUUCCUGGUCACAGCGAGCCAUGCAACCAACAUCAACCACUUAAUUUUUCAUGUUUAGGUGAGUAGAUUACUGAAUGUAAUUUGUGUUCCGCGUAAAACGUAAUAAUUUUUCUUUAAUAUUGAUUUUUCUUGAAUAGAUUUUCCUCGCUGACAUUUUGCCUUCGAAAAUAAAGGCUUCCUUUCCAAGUUAAGUAGGCUAUAUAAUGUAUAAAUCCAUGGUAUCUAACGGGAUAUUAUUAUUAUUAUUUAAAUUUUUUAUUAUUAGGCUAUUAUUAUAAUAAUAAUAGGUCAACAGUAGACUAACGCAGGCUAGGCCUAAUUAUAAACUUAUUUAUGAUAAACUUAGCCUAGUACUUGUUGAAGUUUAAGCUUGUAAACUUCGAUAACUCUAUAGUAGUUAUCGACUGCAGAUAUGUAGGCUAUCACUUCACUUUGUUUAAUGUGUUGUAUUACUGCUACAUCAGCGAACAGUGGAAAGGUCAAAUAAUUAACAGGAUGCUUCCCCCGUCAUUCCAAAUGUAAUCGAGUCUUCUAAUUGAUUAAACAUGUUUUCACAAUGACUGCACUACAUUUCGUCAAUUGAGCGUUAAAUGUAACCUGAUUUAAUUAAUAUUGUUUAAUUAAAAGGCCAAUUACAACCUUUCAACGGUCAAUUAAUGAGUCAAAGUUCACACUUAAUGCACUCUUGUACCGAGUAUCGAAUAAUGUUAGUUUUAAUAGGGAUUUUCUCCAAACCUGGGUUGGCCAACACAAAACAUUUGAAAAAUAAGUGUGAAACCUUUGAGACAUAUUCUACAUUUUGUGACACAUAAUUGAUAAGCUGAUCUAAAGGCAAUAGACUAAAGCGUCCAGUAGCCUAUCUUAUGGUGAUGCGUUUAUCUUGAGGGUAGGCCUACACCAUUUAUCAAUGUUGAUAGGCUAUAGAUGAUAUGGAGGAGGACAUUGGGAAAUCAGUUUGUUGAAAUAGUUAGACAAUAUUUUCUUUUAUUUCCAACGCACCUUUAUACUGGUCUUUUUCUCCAAUGCAGGUGCAACCAAGGGACUUAUUUCAGGCCAUGACGGGAUUGCACGGCGACCGCGCUUGACACAGCCUCUGCUGCAGGAUUACAAAGAGGAACAAGAGAUACCAUGCAAUCCAAUGUCACCUAUUUCCGAGGAGAGACAGGCAGACGGUGCUGACAAGCAGAGUAACUCGUCCAAGAAGAAGACUCGUACUGUCUUCUCGCGGAGUCAGGUGUACCAGCUCGAGUCCACGUUUGAUAUGAAGAGGUAUUUGAGCAGCUCCGAGCGAGCCUGCUUGGCAUCAAGUCUACAGCUAACAGAAACUCAGGUGAAGACGUGGUUUCAGAACCGCAGAAACAAAUGGAAGCGACAACUGUCGGCGGAACUGGAGGCUGCGAACAUGGCACACGCAUCCGCACAGACACUGGUCGGAAUGCCGCUUGUUUUUAGAGAUAACUCCCUGCUCCGGGUACCAGUUCCAAGAUCUAUUGCUUUUCCAACGCCACUGUACUACCCUGGCAGCAGCCUACAAGGGUUACCACUGUACAAUCUGUAUAACAAGAUUGAAUAUUGACUCAAUGCCUGUGAUGACAGUCCACAAAAAUAACACGUUAACACACGACAGUACUUUCUUAUAAAUGUAUGCCAUAACUCACGUCUAUUAUAUCA